AAAAUCACAGCACCCCUUAUUUACGCUGUUUCCGUUGCUGCCAUUGGAUCUCUCCAGUUUGGGUACAACACUGGUGUCAUCAAUGCUCCUGAGAAGAUAAUCCGGAGCUUCUUCAACAAAACCCUGUCAGAACGAAGUGGGGAGGCUGUCUCCCCAGAGCUCCUCACCUCCCUGUGGUCUCUUUCUGUGGCCAUCUUCUCAGUAGGAGGUAUGAUCGGCUCCUUCUCAGUCAGCCUCUUUGUCAACAGAUUUGGCAGGAGGAACUCCAUGCUACUGGUGAACAUUUUGGCUUUUGUUGGUGGCAUUCUCAUGGCCUUCUCUAAGAUUGCAAAGGCAGUGGAGAUGCUGGUCAUUGGCCGCUUCAUUAUUGGCAUCUUCUGUGGUCUCUGCACUGGCUUUGUGCCCAUGUACAUCAGUGAGGUCUCACCCACCAGCCUCCGUGGAGCCUUUGGCACCCUCAACCAGCUGGGCAUUGUCGUGGGCAUUCUGGUGGCCCAGAUCUUCGGCCUGGAGGCAAUCAUGGGGACUGAAGCACUUUGGCCACUGCUUUUGGGGUUCACAGUCCUCCCAGCAGUCCUGCAGUGUGUUGCUCUUCUUUUCUGCCCUGAGAGCCCUCGUUUCUUAUUGAUCAACAAGAUGGAAGAAGAGAAAGCACAAGCAGUUCUCCAGAAGCUCCGUGGUACAGAAGAUGUGUCUCAGGACAUCCUGGAGAUGAAAGAAGAGAGUGCUAAAAUGUCCCAGGAAAAGAAAGCAACUGUGCCAGAGCUCUUCCGCUCUCCAAACUACCGUCAGGCUAUUAUCAUUGCCAUCAUGCUACAGCUCUCCCAACAGCUCUCUGGCAUCAAUGCUGUAUUCUAUUAUUCUACAGGGAUUUUUGAAAGAGCUGGAAUCACGCAACCUGUGUAUGCCACUAUUGGAGCUGGUGUGGUAAACACAGUCUUUACUGUUGUGUCGCUGUUCCUGGUGGAGCGUGCAGGGCGCAGGACCCUCCAUUUAGUUGGUUUGGGUGGCAUGGCUGUGUGUGCUGUUCUUAUGACCAUCGCUUUAGCUCUGAAGGACAUUGUGCUGUGGAUCAGAUACAUCAGCAUUGUGGCCACUUUUGGCUUUGUGGCUCUUUUUGAGAUUGGCCCUGGCCCUAUCCCGUGGUUCAUUGUGGCAGAGCUCUUCAGCCAGGGCCCACGGCCUGCAGCCAUGGCAGUGGCUGGUUGUUCCAACUGGACCUCUAAUUUCUUGGUGGGAAUGCUCUUCCCCUAUGCAGAGAAACUAUGCGGCUCCUAUGUCUUC